GUGUAAUCCACGAUUCUCGGGGACUGCACAGCCCAAAAACAGCUUUGCGCAGCAUGCAGCAGCAACGAAACCUGCACCGUUGCCUUCUCUGAUUUCCAUUUCUCCUUCCUUCUCUUACCCACCAACAACCAAGGCCAUGGAAAAAAACCCAAUCACUUCCCAACCCCGCCCAGAGGCAAUGGACGUCUACCAUGACUUCCCCCUCACCGACGAGGAAGCCAACGCCCCGUGUCACCGUCACUGCCACAUUGCCCGUCUUCGCCAGCUCCUUAUCCCCGUCGUCCUCGCGUUCUUGACCCUGGUUGGUAUCCUGCUGUUGUGUCCAUUCGACAUUACGGAUGGACACUCCAUUUUCUCGCGUGCCGUGGGCGACGCUGGGUCAUCGACGGGUAACGGUUCGUUUGUUGACAAUAAGCUAUACCUCAUCGUUGUUUUCGUCGGUCUCCUUGUGGUAGUCAUACUAGGUAUAUGCUUGAGUUUCUGGUGUUGCAAAGGGGCGUUUGAGAAUCCAUGCUGUUGUCCUUGUUAUUUGUGCGCUUGCUGUGGUGGCCUUGCGUGUCUGGAAUGCAUAGGUUGUGGUCUCUGCGCAGCGGGAGCAGAGGCUAUGUGACGUAUACCCCCUUCUGCAUAACCUUCAUUUUUUCUAUUCAUUAUGUAUCAUGUCUUUCUCUUGGACAUAGACCCGCGUCUCAGGUCUAUCUUGGACAUUUCGUAAUGACAUCCACGUCUUUGAUCUCAUUUCUCUGUCUGGAUUUC